UGGGGAACCCGCGAAGACAUUUUUCGAUCAGAACCCUCCUCAUAUGUGGACUCAGUGCCACAACGGUGGCAGAAGGUAUGAGAACAUGACGACUAACCUUGUCGAAUGUUUCAAAGCCAUCCUGAAGGGCGCUCGUAGUCUCCCAAUCACUGCCCUUGUGCAAUUGACAUUUUAUCGCUUGCACAUUAUUUCAACAGCCGACGAGAGGCUGCUCGUAACACAAUAUCGGGAGCAAAUGCAUUCACUCAUAUAUUGUUAGCGAUGGAAAGAAGGAAGUUGAAGGUGACCGGACAUCGCGUGACGACGUUUAACCGGUCUAGGGGUACUUUUAGCAUCACAACUGCACAGUUGGGACCUCAUAAAGGAAACAACGUGCAAACUCUGCGCAUUCAGGAUAUGCACAAAUGCUUGUGUGGGAAGUGGCAAGGGUUACACUUUCCAUGCUCCCACCUUCUCGCUGCAUGUGCGGAGACACGACUGAAUGUUAUGCAGUACGUUGAGUCAUGUUGGAGCACCGUUGAACACUAUGCCACAUAUGCGGCGGAUUUUCAUCCGAUUAUGCACGAAGCGUACUGACCAGCAUCCUUAUUGCCGACUCUACAGGCAAAUCCAGCAUAUGCUCGACAUAAAGGUUGUCCUAGGAGCUCCCGUAUACACAAUGAGAUGGACGUAAGGGAAGGCAGGAAGAGGAGCACGUGUAAUAUAUGUCAUCAAGAAGGAUAUAAUUGCACAAGAUGUCCGAGAAGGACCCAACUCGGGGAUGCAGUUGGAUCGUCGCAUUGAUUUCGUAGGGAGUUUGGGACUCAUUUAGACCCUUCUUCUUUUGUAUAUACUUAUUCUAAUGCAAUGAUGCAUUUUACAGGAUUGAUUUAGGGCCGUCUAAUCCGAGCGUAUUGAUGAUGGGCGAUGAUCACAAGGCCAGCUGAGCGUGGACUGAUGGGCACGCCGACCCCUUGUUUUACCGAGGGGGCACGCAGUUUGCGGAGCGUUGGUUGGAGGUAGACCCCCAUAUCAUCUGCCUGAUACGCGAUGCAGGGUUUUAUGACAUUUAUCGAAUUGCCCAUAUCCAGCUCGAUUGGCAUCUCAUCACAGUUUUAACGGAGCGAUGGAGAUCCUAGAUGCACAUGUUUCACCUACCUCAUGGCGAGGCAACCGUCACACUAUAGGAAGUUGCUGUUUUGUUCGAGUUGCCGAUUGAUGGGCGAGCCAUGACUGGUCACACUGCCGGACCAGUGGAGGGACCUACAGACCGUCAGAGAUGAGUCACCCUGCGUACUAUGUGCGAGCGUUUGUUAGGGGUUGUUCCACCUGACAGUGAGUUGAUUGGUGUACGCAUCCGUAUGCGGUUCCUCGAGGGGGAUGCGUUUCGUCAGCUCCCGGCAGAUGUAGAUGCACGGACGAUAGCCCGUCACGCACGAGCCCACUUGUUGCGUUUGAUAUGUGGGGUGAUAUUUUCUGAUGUUUCAGGCAGUUAUGCACAUCUGAUGUUCCUUUCACUCCUUGAGGACUUCGGAGUGUGUCACUCGUACAGUUUGGGGUCCGCUACUUUGGCGUGGCUGUACAGGGAGAUGUGUUGCGCUGCUCAUCACUCAAAGACACAGAUUGCGGGCCCCCUUCGCCUACUCCAGGUUUGGGCCUAGGAGAGAUUUCCUUCCUUUGUGCCUACGCGGCGAGGUUUCCUACAGAUUCAAAGGGGUCAGGACGGUCGUCCGAUUGAUCCACUCCCACUCACAUACCGGUUAGUACCAACAUCAUCUAUCCCUUCUCAUUCACUCUAUAAGUACUACGAUUACUAAUUUGUAGUACAUACUAGUCGUUACAUUCGGAAACUUACGUUUCAUUUUAUACAGACGGAGAGAUGACUUGAGGGCACCGAUGAUUGCGCUUCACACAUUGCCCUGGUACAGGUUCGAGUUGAACAUGCACCGGGAGCAUGAGGUAUAAACCAAUUAAAGUAUAGCACAUGGUAUUCUUUCUUUCUUUCAGUUAUUUAUAGUUCGCUUAACUUUUGUUUAUGUCUAAGUGUAGUUUCUAUGGAUGCCUUACACGGUUGAGAUUCUAGCCAACUUGCCGCCUGACUAUGCAGACGAGAGUGACCUUUGGGUAGCCCGAGUGCCACUCAUAUGCUUUCAUAUUAUUGAGUGGUAACUUCUCGAUCGAGUCAUGCGACAGUUCGGGUAUCGACGGGGCAUUUCCAAUCGAUUUCUGACAUCGGGGGUAGAUAUAGUUGGGAAUGUCCUCCACGACAUGGAUGGGCACGGUCGAGGGGUCACAUACUGGUUGAUUACGCACGCGAUAUUCGUCAUCGUGUGGGAGCAUCGGCAAGACUACAUCGUACCAGAAGUGGCGGAGGACGGUCUGAUGCGUCCAGAUGAUCCAUAUUUCACUUUGUAUAGGCCUAACACACGCCGCUUCGUCAACAGGACCACUGCUGUAUAUUUGAGACUCAUCUCAUCCGAUCCUGCGAUCCACCGAUUGAUGAGUGCUGCAUUGGACCUUAUCCACAAAGACGGUCGACGGAUCCCAACACGAGGAGGUCGACCUGAUGUACCAGCACGAGGUCGACCAGCUAUAGUACGAGGACAUGCCUCCUUUAGUCGUCCAGUGACUCCCAUCUUCUUGUACAGGCAGAGUGCGUGUUUGGCUCGUCAGCACCGUAUGCGCCUUCUACUGCAGCUGAUAUUGCUGGACCGUCGAGUAGACCAACUGACGUCUCAUCUAAUCUGCUGCUACCCAAUCGAUGUCAUUUUUAUUGGACGAUCUUUUCAAUGGGGAGGAGGUCGAUGCACCCGCUAUGCCGCCUCGUUCUCGUCUCGAGACAUCAUAUCAGUUCUCACCACGUGCACUCCGCAUGAAUGAUGAUUAUGCAGUACCUCUUGGCGGAAAUGAUUCACAUCCAGGAUGACGGAACAGGAUACCUGAUGCAGAUGACUAGCAGGGAGAGGGCAGACGUAGACGGGAGCCACCACGACCCUAGAGACAACCUCGCUGCGGCACAGAGUAGUUUAGCAUUAUUUUCAUUGCAUUUCAUUUGUAUGUAUAUUAUUGAUUAUUUUGAUUUCAUUUGUAUAGUAUUGAUUAUUUUUAUUUCUUUUGUAUAUAUCAUUGAUUAUUUUCAUUUUACUUGUAUAAUAUUUGAUUAUUUUCAUUUCAUUUGUAUAGUCAUGUGUCUUGUGCACACUUCAUACUCUUGAAGUUUAUUUAUAUAAUUUUUCAAAUUAAAUUGAGAUGAAUAAAAUAACUUUUAUUUAACUAAA